AUGUCAGGAGCCGAGGUUCUAGGCAUCAUAUCUGCCAUAAUAUCGGUCAUCGAUGCAUCAAUCCAACUUUACAAAGCCGCCAAUGACGUCUCCGGCUUGCCCUUCGCCUUUCGCCAAGUCUACUCACGCUUGCCGCUCGUUCUGGACACUCUGAAAGCCGCAGAGAAUGGAUUCGACGAUCAAGGGGACUCUCCAAAUAGCCGCGAGGCCCUCGUCAGACUUUUGGAAAGUUGCGAAAACAAGGCGAGGUCCCUCGAGGAAAUUUUCCGAGACACUAUCUCCCCUCCCCGCAUUUCGAAAGUGAAGAAAUUCUUCAAGGCUAUGAAGACGGUCCCCAAGAAUGGCGAACUUGAAGCGCUAUCCGAAGGCAUUCUCGCAGACCUCAGCGUGUUGACAAGCAAUUACGCCGUGAAAUUCACCACACGACAGGAGAUGGAGAGAUUGGUUAGGCUGUUGGAGGGGGAACCUCGGGACCCGGGAAAUUCCCGUGAUAUGAUGAAUAACAGUAUGGGAUCAAAUCAACAGUACAUUAAGUUGGAUGAGGGCAACCAGUACGUUGCUAUCGGGAAUAGCAUGCAAAUCAAUGGUCCGUCCAGUGGUACUUUCAACUAUAAUUCACGCUAG